CGGAGACGCGGCUGGGGCCAGCGCGGCCGGGGCGCCGUCCCAGGGCUGGGUUGCCCGGCCCCGGCCCCCGGCCCCGGGCUCCCCAUGAAAAACCAGCUCCGCGGGCCCCCAGUGCGGGCGCACAUGUCGGCUUCGGGGGCGGCGGCGGCUGGGGGCACCCGGGCGGGGUCGGAGCCCGGUGCGGGAUCUGGGUCCGGCGCGGGCAUCGGGGCGGGAGCGACGACGGGAGCGGGGGCCAUGCCCUGCAAGAGCGCCGAGUGGCUGCAGGAGGAGCUGGAGGCGCGCGGUGGCGCGUCCCUUCUGCUGCUGGAUUGCCGGCCACACGAGCUCUUCGAGUCCUCGCACAUCGAGACGGCCAUCAACCUGGCCAUCCCGGGUCUCAUGCUGCGCCGCCUGCGCAAGGGCAAUCUGCCCAUCCGCUCCAUCAUUCCCAACCACGCUGACAAGGAGCGCUUCGCCACGCGCUGCAAGGCAGCCACCGUGCUGCUCUACGACGAGGCCACGGCUGAGUGGCAGCCCGAACCCGGCGCUCCCGCCUCGGUUCUCGGCCUGCUCCUGCAGAAGCUGCGAGACGACGGCUGCCAGGCCUACUACCUCCAAGGUGGUUUCAACAAGUUCCAGACGGAAUACUCAGAGCAUUGUGAGACUAACGUGGACAGCUCGUCCUCUCCGAGUGGCUCGCCACCCACCUCUGUGCUGGGCCUGGGGGGCCUGCGCAUCAGUUCUGACUGCUCGGAUGGCGAGUCAGACCGAGAGCUGCCCAGCAGUGCCACCGAGUCGGAUGGCAGCCCUGUGCCGUCCAGCCAGCCAGCCUUCCCAGUCCAGAUCCUGCCCUACCUCUACCUCGGCUGUGCCAAGGACUCUACCAACCUGGAUAUACUUGGCAAGUACGGCAUCAAAUACAUCCUCAAUGUCACACCCAACUUGCCCAAUGCCUUUGAGCAUGGUGGCGAGUUCACCUACAAGCAGAUCCCCAUCUCUGACCACUGGAGCCAAAACCUCUCUCAGUUCUUCCCUGAGGCCAUCAGCUUUAUUGAUGAAGCCCGCUCCAAGAAGUGUGGUGUCUUGGUGCACUGCCUAGCAGGCAUCAGCCGUUCAGUGACAGUUACUGUAGCCUACCUGAUGCAAAAGAUGAACCUGUCUCUCAACGAUGCCUAUGACUUCGUUAAAAGGAAAAAGUCUAACAUCUCGCCCAACUUCAACUUCAUGGGGCAGCUGCUGGACUUUGAGCGGACGCUGGGGCUCAGCAGCCCAUGCGACAACCAUGCUCCCAGUGAACAGCUCUACUUCUCCACACCCACCAACCACAACCUGUUCCCAAUCAACACACUCGAGUCCACGUGAGGCCUGAUGAACUGAUGGGUGCAGCACCAGGGUCUCCCAGCCUUCCACAGGGCCUGAUGGCAGGGGGAGGCCUAGCCUGCUGCUCCCCUGGCCUGAAGAACCCACAGAUGUCACCUGUGUCCAGAGAACCAGGCUGAGCUCCCCUGUUGUCCCGGGCAGGGCCACAGCAAGGCCGCUUGUGGUAGCACUUGCCGGAGUGGCUUCAGCUUUCCAGACGUGGGUUGCUGAAGUGAGCAUUGGCCUCAACUUUCAGACUUGUGGCUUGGGGGCCAGUGGGGCUUUGUCUCUGCCCCAGGACAUCCAUUCUGCUGAUGGCCCAGCCAUUGUGACUGUUUUUAAAGACAUAUCCACAGACCUGAGUUUACUACUUCUGGCAGGUAAAUCCAAGCUCCCUGGAGCACCGAGAGUAUUCGAGCUCUUCUUGAUUUUUUUCUUUCUUUCUUUCUUUUUUAACAAAAAGUGUUAUUUUUUCGGGCUACAUGCAACAGUGGAUUGUAUAAACCAAUAUUUCACCCCUUAAUCUGCAAGAGAGAGAGAGAUGUUCUCAGUUUCUUUUCUUCCUAUUUCAAAAAGCAACCAUUGGCGUGUUUUCUUUUUGUUUUCAGUGGAAAAGACAAACCACGUGUUCUUCACCAGAUGCAUUCUGCACAUGUGUGAAACCUCUGUUUUCCCAGCAGGCCAUUCUUGAAGGAGUGGGUGGGAGGCUGCUCUCCAGGCAUCAGGACCCCUGGUUAUACCAUCUCCUACCUGUGGCCCAGACCAGUUCAAUGCCUCAUGUGCACUGGCCAGUUGCUGCGAGUUGUACUUGGUGGGCACUGGUGGUCUCUGGGUUAUCUGCCCUCCUGCCCACCUUCUGAGAGUCCUGCAGACCUCUCCGAGGCAGAAGGUGGUGGUUCUGCCACGUCUUAGGGCUGGAAGUGCUGCCACAGGGGAAUGCCAAGCAGUAGUGUUAGCCAUGUGGGCUUAGUCCCUAAGAGGGCUGGGCCUUGGCCCUGUAUUAAUUUCCCUUCCAUUAUGUCAUCAUCUCUGUCUCUAACUGAGAAGAGAGACCCCACAGUGCCUGGGUACAGCGUGGAUGGUGGGGUCCACCCUGCCUCCCCAGUCUCUUCCCUCACCGUGGCUUUGAUCCGGUUACCACUCCCAGCCCCCUUGUCCAGGUGCACACCUGCCCUGGCCUGCUCUGCCUGUGCCUUUUACCUGCAGGCAACUGAACACCCACUGCAACCCAAGGAAGCGCUGGGGCAGGUGGGGCAAGGACAGGCCAGUGGAGGGAGUGUGAGGCUCUGGCUGCCACCCAGUAUCCAUAGCACAAAGCCACAGGUUCCAUAAUGCUCCCCCGGCUUUAUUCCUUUUCAAGCCUCUUCUCAUCAGAAACCAUGCGAAAUGGAAAGGGGAGUGCUGGGGUCCUGGUGGAGCCAGCACCCACAGUGGGCAGUGAACGAGGCCACAGAAAUGCCACCCCACCACAUCUUACCUCACAGGGGUGGUUUUCAGGGAUUCUUUAGGGCAGCAGGUUAAAAAUCUUGCCACAGUCGAGAAAUUGACAAAAAAAGCUUCCAUGCUGUACAUGGUAUGUCUGUCUGUCUGUCUCUCUCUUAUUAAAAAAAAAAAAUCUUGAAAGAUGGAUCAGAGUGUAAAUGAGGGUAUACCAGAGGGUGGCCAGUUUUGCUUUGUGAUCUUAUGAAGGAAAAUUUGUGACCCUACAUAUAUACAUAUAUACAUAUAUAUAUAUAUAUAUACACACACACAUACACACACACACACACACACACACACACACACACACACACACACACACAUAUAUAUCCCGAGCCAGCAACGGGACUUUGUUUAUAUUGCAAAUAAAUAUUAUUUUUUCUUUAAA